CCCUACCUGUGCUCCUACCCUCACCCUAUGCACUGAUGAUCAGUGAGAAUGUGUUAUGAAUUUUCCGAUAGCACUGAGACUUUGGUGCUAUUUUGUAGAGUUGUACCAAACUUUUAGACGAUUGAAAGCAAUGCAACGAAUGAUACAUAAAGUGAAAGAGUUCUCACAGAACCGGAAGCCCGAGUUUGUAUUCAUCUCAGGGGUAGGGCUUGUAGUUACCGGUGCUUUCCUGGCCGUUGUGUUCCCUAUGCUGUUAGGCGUCGGACUGGACAUGAACUUCAAGCUAACGGAAGGGAAGUUUAUUUUCAAGAAC